ACGCGCUGCUCGUGAGGAUGGAGGUGCCCGGGGCUGACGACAGAAGAAAGCAGAGCUUUCAACGGGCCGCCCGAAACAUCCGUGUAAACUCAAUACCGAACGGACGCAAACCUCCGGCUGACUCCCUUCCCAAAAUGUUUCCCCCCGAAGAAUUAAAGCGCAUGCGCCGGAUUGGCUUUUCCUUCCGGGUCAGAACGGUUAACAGUUUCGGAUAGGCCAAAAAAUGGAACCGGAUUGCUGGAAAGAUUGGGAAUGGCUUCGCUAAGGUCCGUCGACAUUCCUCUCAUAAAAGACGCAAGGCUCUCCAGUCAAAUAGAAGCCCACGAAAGCCACGCGGUCCCUUGCCUCGUACGUAUGUUCCUCCUUGCGUGUUGCCUCCCGGGAGUCCAAUUUUUUUUUUGUCAUGCCUUUGCCCCUUCCGCAAGAUUUAAAGAUCCAUCCCGGGGUUUGGCAAGAGCGAGUGGGCGUGGCCAACGGCAGCCAGGGAGGCGGGAAUGGAAAAAGGCCCCGCCUUCCAACCGGGUCGCCAAGAGGGAGAGGAAGAACGAUUGAUGGGAGGACUUCCGUGCCCGCAUUGCUCAACCGGCAGCCGCUGACGGGCCGACGGUGGGCGGCGGGUCGUUCUUUGUCAGGCUGGGAUCGGUGCCCGCUUUCCUCUGAGGCCGGCGAAGUCGGAAGAAAAUCGAUGAAAAAGAAACUCUGAGAGAAGGCCCGGAUGCGCGAAAGCCUGGUCAUCUUAGCACCCUGUAGAAUAACAGAAAAUGCAAAACAGUGAAGUAAUAAAGCCUGCCAAAUACUUUUCAGAAGUGGAGAAGAGUGUACUACUUGCACUAGUUGAGAAAUACAAAUAUGUACUUGAGUGUAAAAAGAGUGAUGCAAGAACUAUUGCACUAAAACAACGGACCUGGCAGGCACUUGCUCAUGAAUACAAUUCUCAACCAAGUGUAUCACUCCGAGACUUCAAGCAGCUGAAGAAAUGCUGGGAGAACAUCAAGGCGCGGACAAAGAAAAUAAUGGCACAUGAAAGACGAGACAAGGUAAAAAGGUGUCUUAGCCCACUUAUAAGUAAUCACAUCCUAGGAAAAGAGAAGAUCGCCAGCAUGGUACCUGAGCAAGUGUACUUUUUACAGAGUCCACCAGAAGAAGAUUCUGAAUAUCAGCCUGAAGCUUCUAGCCAAGAGCCUUUUACUGUUAUAAAUAGAGAACUGUGUGAUGAAGACAAAGAACUUGUGCAUUUCCAAGUAUGUGAAGGCACGUCACAAUCUGAGCCCUCCUGUUCCACAGUCAGAAUAACUGGUAAUAAAAACUUCCGAAAUAAGGCUGCUCAAGAGGGUGAUCUAAAAAAGAUGCAUGAAGAAGAACAUCAUCAGCAAAUGUCUAUCUUGCAAUUGCAGCUGAUCCAGAUGAAUGAAGUACAUGUGGCAAAAAUUCAGCAGAUAGAAAGGGAAUGUGAGAUGGCUGAAGAAGAGCACAGGAUCAAGAUGGAGGUGCUCAACAAAAAGAAAAUGUACUGGGAGAGGAAACUUCAAACUGUUACAAAAGAAUGGCCUGUUACUUCUUUUAACAGACCAUUCCCUAGUUCACCCUAGAAAAUGCUGCACCUGCCAGUAAUUCAGCUUGAAGCAACUGGAUUAUUAGACGGCAGUCAGGGCAAGGAUGUGGGUUCAGUUAAGCUAGAUCUAUAUUUUCAUGUGAGUAAAUGGUGAGCCAACUUUAAAGAAGACCUAAGAAAACAAAGCGGUGGGCUUUUUUUAAAAAAAAAAACCAAUAUCACCAUUUCUUUGGAAGGUAAAUAUGGUUGCAGCUCCUCAUGGGACAAUCAUAUGCACACAGCAAUCCUGUGUUAAAGCAUUUGUGCUUUUGCCUGGUGAAACUUUUGUUCUUGAAAACCUUUUCAGUAGGCAGAUAGUUGAACACAUUCCACAUGUAUCAAUUUCGUGGCUGAAACCUCUGUGUUUCCAGGAAGUAGGAAGAAAUCUUACGUUCAAAGUAUGGGGACGGAUUUCCCUUCAUAGAUAUUCAUUAAGAUGAGCUGUUAGCAUUCGUGUAGUGACCUGGCCACAGCUCUAAAGCAAGGGGACACAUCUUUUUAUCCUGCUUUCUCUUCAGAGUAGUAAGGAGAUGUGAGGAAAGGGGCAGUCUUCUCCAGUACUAUAUUUGGAGAUGAAGUUCAGUUGCUUUAUGAGCUGUUGGCUUGAGCAAAACUGUUCAGUACAAGGAGGCCCUCUUUUUGCAUGAAGGUAAGUGUUCAUCUGAAGGCACAAGGAGGAAAGGAGGCACUCCUUCUCCAUGAGUGGAGAGUGACAGUCUGUAUCUGAGACAGUGGAGGUUGUCCACAGGCUUGGAAGCCUGAAGAAUUGGACUGUCACUCUCUUAGCUGGGCAUGAGGAAACCAACUCCCCCUCUUCAUGCAUUCCCUUCUGAAUACAGGCGUACCUCGGUUUACCAAUUUAAUGCGUUCCCCAGGACGUUAUGUAAUGUGAAAAAUUUGUAAAUCAGAACGCGAUUUGCCAUUUUGUAAGCCGCCCCGAGUAGACAUGGUCUAGAGGGGCGGGGUAAAAAUCAAAUAAAUAAA